AUGACUACGAAGAUUGAUUUAACUGGAGAUGGAGGUGUCCUGAAGACUAUUGUGCGGCAUGCAAAGCCUGAUGCAAUUGCCCCUUCUGAUAGUCUUCCUCUCGUGGACGUUCAUUAUGAAGGUGUCCUUGCCGAUACUGGUGAAGUUUUUGACACCACCCGUGAAGAUAAUACUGUCUUUACAUUUGAGUUGGGAACAGGGUCUGUGAUCAAGUCCUGGGAUAUUGCACUGAAAACUAUGAAGGUUGGGGAGGUUGCAAAAAUCACUUGCAAGCCAGAAUAUGCUUAUGGAAGCGUUGGUUCUCCUCCAGAUAUACCUCCCGAUGCAACACUCAUCUUCGAGGUGGAGUUGGUUGCAUGCAGGCCAAGGAAAGGGGCAAGUUUAAGCAGCGUUUCUGAUGAGAAGGCUAGAUUGGAGGUAUUGAAGAAACAGAGAGAGCUUGCUGCUGCAACAAAAGAGGAAGAGAAGAAGAAAAGAGAGGAAGCAAAGGCAGCCGCUGCUGCUCGUAUUCAAGCCAAACUCGAAGCCAAAAAAGGUCAAGGCAAGGGAAAGGGGAAGGGAAAGUAG